AUGACUUGUGAAGUUCUCUCACUGUUGCAAUCACAGCAGAAGCUUGAGCAGGUGGUUAAGAACCCAGCCCAGUUCGAGAAGUUCCGUCUUGAUGUCAUUCAAACUCUUGAACAACAACAAUGUACGAUAAGCACUUUACAAACAACGUCUGCAGUGAACAGAAGGUCUUUGAGUGCACUUGUGAAGAAUUUGAGCCGUGUUGCGGACGGUGACUUCCCUGAGCCCUUGGACAUAGAAACGAGUCCUAUGGUUGAUCCACUGAUACGGGACUUACAGCACGCCUUCAACCUCAUGAUGUGUGAGAUUGGAAGCUACACCAGCCAGGUCACCAAGAUCGCAACAGAGGUGGCACACGGUGAGCUUGGUGGUCAGGCAGAGUACACUGGAACAAAAGGUGAGUGGAAGGUUCUCAGCGAUACGCUGAACACGAUGGCUUUGAACCUGACGAACCAGGUUAGAGAAAUAGCUGACGUUGUCAGAUCAGUGGCAGAUGGUGAUCUCAGCAAGAAGAUAAACGUCCAUGCCCAGGGUGAAAUCCUGGAGUUGCAAAACAUCAUCAAUACCAUGGUUGAGCAGUUGAAGACCUUUGCCUUUGAAGUGACCAGAGUCUCCAGAGAAACAGGUGUUGAGGGCCGUCUAGGAGGCCAAGCCGUUGUUGUCGGUGCAGAGGGAAUAUGGAAGGAGCUCACAGAUAACGUCAACGCCAUGGCUACGAACUUAACUAACCAGGUGAGAAACAUAGCCAAUGUCACCACUGCAGUGGCGAAAGGUGAUUUGUCUAAAAAGGUCACUGCAGAUUGUAAAGGUGAAAUCUUGGAGUUGAAGAUCACCAUAAACCAAAUGGUGGACUCUCUACAGACCUUUGCUAUGGAGGUAACAUCACUUGCGACAGAUGUCGGUAUAAAGGGUAUCCUUGGAGGUCAAGCCGUCGUUAACGGCGUUGAAGGUGCUUGGAAAGAUCUCACUGAUAACGUCAAUGCGAUGGCCACCAAUUUGACGAACCAGGUGCGUUCAAUUGCAACAGUCACCACUGCAGUUGCACAUGGUGACUUGUCUCAGAAGAUCCAUGUUGUUGCCCAAGGUGAGAUCUUGGAGUUGAAGAAUACCAUCAACAAGAUGGUUGACUCUCUACAGGUUUUCGUCUCUGAAGUGACUCGUGUUGCUAAAGAUGUUGGUGUCGAAGGUAAGUUAGGUGUUCAAGCCCAAGUAUCUGAUGUUGAUGGACUCUGGAAGGAAAUCAUCACCAACGUGAACGUCAUGGCAGCCAACCUUACCUCACAAGUCCGUGCCUUUGCUCAAAUAACGGCAGCUGCGACUGAUGGUGAUUUCACCAAGUUUAUCACAGUGGAAGCCUCUGGUGAGAUGGAUACCUUGAAGACGAAGAUCAAUCAGAUGGUUUUCAACCUGAGAGACUCCAUCAAGAGAAACACUGCUGCCAGAGAAGCUGCAGAACUGGCAAACAGUGCCAAAUCUGAGUUCUUGGGUAUCUUCUCCCAUGAGCUGAGAACCCCUUUCAAUGGUAUCUUGAAUUAUACACAGUUAACUCUGGACACCGAACUGACACAGUAUCAACGUGAAAUGCUGAGUACGGUUCAUAAUCUGGCUAAUUCCCUGUUGACAAUUAUUGACGAUAUUCUUGAUAUCUCUAAGAUUGAAGCCAAUAGAAUGACUAUCGAGGAGGCAGAUUUCUCACUGAGAGGAACUGUAUUUGGUGCUUUGAAGACCUUGGCCGUCAAGUCAAUAGAGAAGCCGUUGGAACUGAUAUAUCAGGUUGAUAACUCGUUCCCAGAUUCCCUGGUUGGUGACUCUUUCAGGUUGAGACAAGUGAUCUUGAACUUGGUUGGUAAUGCCAUCAAGUUCACAUCAGAAGGACAUGUUAAACUAAUGGUGAGAAAGGCAACGAAAUCUCUUGAUGAAACGAUAUCCACUACUUCAGAUCCACUCAUGCUUGAAUUCUGUGUUAGCGAUACUGGUAUUGGCAUUGCUACGGAUAAGCUGGACUUGAUCUUUGAGACAUUUACCCAAGCUGACGGCUCCACUACAAGAAAGUUUGGAGGUACUGGUCUUGGUCUGUCUAUUUCCAAGAAGCUCAUUCAUCUGAUGGGAGGUGAGAUCUGGGUUACCUCCAAAUACAGAGAGGGAUCCAGGUUUUACUUCACUAUAUGUGUUACACCUGCACAGGAGAACCCUUUUAAGAGAGAUGAGAAGCUUCUAACCUUCAACUUACACCAAAUAUUGUUUGUUUCCACGAGGCACUCCCCAGAGGACACAGAACAGAUUAGAAAGGACUUGCUUGAGCUCAACCUGAGACCAACAGUUGUGCGUGAUAUCUCAGAGGUGAGCGAAUCUGAACAGAGUAAGUUCGACGUGAUUAUCAUUGAUUCUCUUGAAACCGGGAAGCAACUACGUGAUCUUUCUGAAAUCAAGUAUAUUCCAUUCGUUCUUCUCAAUCAUAAGAUCCCCAAAUUGAAUAUGAAGGAAUGUCUCGAUCUUGGUAUACAGUCCCAUGGUAAUACGCCUUGCUCUUUGAUGGAUCUUGCUGGCUAUCUCAACCCAGCAUUGGAAUCUCGUGUUGUUCCAUCAGAUGACAAUACUCCACAGAAGUACACGAUCUUACUUGCAGAAGAUAACUUGGUGAAUCAAAAGCUUGCGGUUCGUAUUCUGGAGAAGUACGGGCAUGAGGUUGUCGUUGUACAGAAUGGUGAAGAGGCCAUCACAGAGGUCAAACAGAACAAGUACGACGUUAUACUGAUGGAUGUUCAAAUGCCAAUCAUGGGAGGGUUUGAAGCUACUGAGAAGAUCCGUGAAUGGGAAAAGGAGAUGCGUCCAAUAAAUCCCCUGAGUAUAAGAGUUCCAAUCAUUGCUCUAACAGCUCAUGCAAUGUUAGGAGACAGAGAAAGGUGCUUACAAUAUCAAAUGGAUGAGUACAUCUCAAAACCUUUAAAGCCCAACCUUCUGAUUCAAACAAUAGCAAAGACGGUUCACCAUAUAGGUAAGUUGAAAGAGCUUGAUCAUAGAGAUCCUCGGGUACAAGCUAUCAUUGGUAAAGUAGCUUGA